AUGGACAAAUUUUAUGGCGUAAGGAUUGGAUGUAAACCCGGAGUCUAUAGGACUCGAAAGGCCGCUAUGAGUCAAAUGAAUCAUCCGUUCGCUCAGUGCAAGAGUUUCAACACAUAUGAAGAGGCGGACGAUUACGUGAAGAGCGGCCCGAUAUGUGUCAACUGUUUCAAAGCCAUGUUUGAUCCCAAGAAUGGCGGCCCAAUGGAGACCGACUGGUGUGGGCCCUGGUUUCAAAUCUAUACGGACGGCGCGUGUCGUGGCAACGGAACCGCCGCACCCAUCGCCGGCAUUGGUGUCCAUUUCCCCACUCGUUAUGAAUACGAUCUCAGCGAACCAUUGCCUGAAAGGCAGACCAACAAUAGGGCCGAGAUAUGGGCUGUCAUUCGAGCCCUCCAAACAGCCCACACUUUCGAAGAAUAUCGGGUGGAGAUUAUAACGGACAGCGACUUCUUGGUCAAAGCGAUGACCAAAUGGAUCCAUAAGUGGUACCGAAACGACUGGAAGAACGCCAACGGCGAAGAUGUGGUCAACAAAUAUGACUUUCUGGAACUGGAGAACGCGUGCGAUCUUAUGAAGAGUGUUAAGUGGACUAAAGUGGCCGCACAUUCAGGUAUUGCCGGCAACAUGAACGCCGACCAAUUGGCCAAUCAGGCCAUCGAUGAUCAGCUCAGAAGAUAUUAG